AGGGGGAGCUCCGCGAUGUCUGGAAAUCGUUACCCCGAGAUGCCUGCCGGCUCAUCAUUGGCUGCGACCAGGGCGGGCGGGACCUGUCACCAGGGCAACAGCAACAACAAGCCCGCUCCUGCGUUGGCAACCAGCGAGGGUGGGACCAUGGCCUGUCGGACCCUAGCUCUGCGCUCUGGCCCCCCGUGGUCACCCACCUCAGGAAGGGAUAUGCCUGGAUCCUGGCCCAACUGGCAUCUCACCAGCAGUGGCACUGCUCACCACAUUAUCCCACCUGUGGCCUUUCCCCCACCCACUGUACGGUCCACAGUCUUGGAGCCCCUGUCCCCCGCCGCCAGGCAGGCUUUGCACAUCUGGGAUUUCGACGAGGUCAUCAGCAGAUGGGAGACGACCUCCGGCUUGGCGCAGGUGCCCAAGACCUACGGUGGGCCCUACGCACAGCCCAGGGCCCCAGAGCCUGCAGACCCCAGGCGGACACUGGGGAUCAAGGAUUUAGAGGAAAAGCUCAGACACUGGCGACUCCCCCUGACCACAAAACCCCAGGACAGUGAGACGAAGGCGCAGUACAAGGGCUGGCCCACCCUGGACCAGAGCGCCAGCAUCUGCGAGCUCCCUGACCACCACCCUAGGAGCCCGGCCCAGGCUCUAGUUCCCCGGACGUUCAUGAUACCUGACCAGGGUGUCCUGGACCAACAUCAGCUCUAUUUGACCACUUCAGCCCGAGACUUCCGCUUCUACCCCAAGAAGGAGCUGUCUGGAUACCCGCGCCGGGACGUGCUGACCUACUGGAACUUCGAAGGGGCGCCUCGGGGCCGGGGAGCCGGCCUGCAGCGGCCGAAGCUGGUCCGCCUGCCCCGCGCGCUCCCGGCGACGCCGGCCGUGCCGCACCGCGGGUCCCUGUCCCUGGCUCAGGAGUCCUACAGGCUCCCAUCCCACCCGCUGCGCCGGCUGGACCGGUUUUGCCCGCUGGAGGCGCCCUGGGGCGGCCCCCACUGGAAGCCCCUGCCGGGCAUCUUCAGCGUGCCCAAAGCCUACAGCACCGAGUCCUCCCGCUACGGCAGCCUGAAGCCGGAGCUGGUCUGAGCGGCGCUGAGCACGGGUCACGCCCGCUAUGUCGGCAGGAACGGAGCACGCAGAAAGCCCGUCAAAGCUGUGGCGCAUCUGAAAAACGCCCUUUCAGGGGGCAGGGUGCAACCCCCAUUAAACCCAGGCCCCGCCCA